UAUAGGCCGAUCGGGAAAAAUUGCAGUCUCACUGUUACAGGCGGAUCUUAACAAGUUUUUGUCUUAGUUUAAGAAGUGGACGAGUGAUUCUUCUUCUAAAAAAAAAAUAAUGUCUGAAGCAAAGUAAGUGUUUUUGUUUGUCGAAUACCGAAAUUUUUUACACUAUUUUUGAUUGAUUUGCGGAAAGUUAAUCCGUCAAAGACGAUGUCGAUGUGUAAGAGGACUGUACUGAAAAGUAAAUGUAGGAUCACGGAAGCCGAGUAGCCCACUGCCCACUGUAACCCAUUGAAUGAUAUUAUAGUCUUAUAGUUAUAGCUGGCAAACUUUUUGGUAAAUUUUAAGGACGAAUGCCACUAUUUUAUCGAUUUCCCUAAAUCGAUCCCUAUGCCUAACCUGAACCCAAAAUCGAUCCCUAUGACUAUGCCUAACCUGAACCCUAAAUCCAUCCCUCAACUUAACCUAAACCCUAAUUCACUGCAACUAUAGUAAACACUCAAAAGACACUGUGGCAAUCCGUCCUUAAUUUUAGCCAACUUUUUGUUAUUAGCGUGCCAAAAUAAGACUUUUUAUUCAUUCAGCAUUUCAAUAACUUUUAAGUCUACAAUUUAAGAAUCAUUUUGUUGUAGUCGUAGUAAAUUAUAUUUUUUGUGUGCUCUUCUGCGUGUGCCUAGAUUGUGAUCUGUGUAUGCUUGCCAGGUGCCAAGUCUGGCACGCGUGCCUUUAGGUUGCCGCCUUAGGUUGCCGGCCACUGGCCUAGUCCAUUUUCCCGGCCCUACGUGGUCAUUCUUGAUUUUUUUACUUGUCUGUAUUAUAAUGUGAAGAAUCUUAAACCAAUAAUUAUAAUACCAACACAUUUUGUUCAUUUACUAUGAGGAUGAGUGAGUAAACUAUAUACUAUAAAAACAUUCAUUGGUAAAAGACUAUACAGUAUACUAUAACAAUUAAAUCACAGAGUCAAAGCUAUGGCGGCUAUGUACCUGCUGCUACCACUGGUGCUUACCACUACCACCCCAUUCCCUCCCACAUUGCACUGGGUGGAGUCCUAUUUUUUAACACUUAAAAUUUAUCAUACCUCACCCAGUCACUGAAAUUAUGCCAAAUUAUGUCCCUUCUUUAUGCUGCUUAUUAUGGUGGUGACCUGUCUCUGAUUUUUGUUUUAAAAAGCAUACAUGCCAAUCUGCAAGCAAGAUCAAAAACUUUAUAAAAAGUAAAAAAAAAAACUGUAAACACCAUAAAAAACUGUACAAAAAAAAAAAGUCAAAAAUCAUCAGUGGCGCUGCAGCCCAUUGUAGGACCCUCGACUGCUUCACCACAUUCUUCCCAUUGUGAUGAUGUAGAGAAGGAAGAAAUUAGAAGAAAAAAUGAAAGGGAAAAAAAAGUAGGCCUAUAAUUUAUAACUUUUCCAUUUAAUUAUUAAUGUUUUUAAUGCAUGCAUAUUUUGCAUGAUGUGGCUGAGAAAAAAUGGAUUUAAUAGAGGUAGACUUUCCCUUUAUUUCCAAAAGUUUCAUUUGUGCAACUAUAUUUUUAAAUGUGCUACAAUUUUGAAAUAGCCUUAAGCAAGCACUUAAAUUUAUUUUUUGCAAAUGCAUGCCAUGAUCUGAUUGAUGAAGCAUUGAUAAUUCCAAGGUAUUCGGUCAGCCACUCAUUCAAUGUAAGAAACUUCCCCUAAUAUGUCUCAUUUGAACUUUCUUUUUUUUUUAAAAUUAUUUUUACCCACUGGAAGUUUCCAGGUGGGGUAAAAUAAUAAAUAAAGCAAGAAUACAAUAUACAAUUCUCACUGAUGUCGACCUUAAACUUCAAUAAAAUUUAGGCUACUUAUACAAUACUAACGUUACAGUUUUUGCUAAGAUUAUUACACAAACGUAUUUGUAAUUAUGGUUUACUGCUCAAAGUAGCUACUAUUGUAAGGAUUUCCAUAAUAGCUAACAGUAUAUUACAUAGAUAGACCUACUGGCCAAACCUCGCUCAGCUAUUAGAUUUCGAUGGCCUACAGUCAUGGACCAAUAGGAUUUAAGCUACCUUUUGACUUACGAUGAAUUUAUUCUGUCGUGCAAAAAUUAAAAAUAUAUAGAUCUAUAUUUAAUAUGAAAAAUUUUGUUCCUAAAUCUUAAAAAAAUUUAAUAAAACUUGUACUGCCUUGCACCUUUUAAAACACCUUUAAGCCAUACGAAGUACAGCUAAACCAUACAGGUUUGUCCUUUUAGCUUGCUUGUAUGCAUUUUUCCACAUAAUAUCUUUCUUGUAUGUCCUGUUAGCUUGCUUGCGUGCUAAGUGAUUUUGAAUUUAAUGUCCUAUUGACUUUUUUCCUAUGUCAUUCAACUUGAUUUGUUUGUCCUGUUAACCUGUUUUGCGUGUAAAUGUUUACUGGUAUUGUACUUAUUGUUAAAUUUCAAAGUAUUAUUAAUGUUCUUUGUAUGUCCUGUUAACUUAAAUUGUAUGUCCUGUUACUCAACAUAGCAUGUCCUGUUCAUGAGUGAACCAGGAAGUAAAACAAAGAUUGGCAGAGCAGUGUUCUAAAUUGGACAUUGUCUAAAAUAACUAGUCCAUGUCAUCCAAAAAUAGCUGUAAACGCUAUUUACAUAUUCUGAAUGGGGCAGUUGAAUUUCAGCCAAUACUGAACGAAAUAUUUAUCAUCUCAACUUACAGUUGGUCUUUCAUUUCAAUUAUAAUUUGAACAGUUAUGUUUUUGCAAUAAAUUAAUCAAUACCAAGAAUUAUGUAUAAUAUUCCGUCCAUUCAUGCACAAUGCAAAGGUCUGGAAGUUUGGGACUGUUGUUACAUACCACUAUGGUUUUAAAGGUUUAAUCUGUUUAAGCUUUGGCUCAUAAAAUAAGCAAACGUAACAAAGGACAGAGAAAACCUGUUUGCAAAAAAAAUUAUACCGAAAGCUAGUGGUACUAACUAUAUUCAAUUCAAUUAUACAAAUACAUUUCUAUAAAAAUACAAAUUUGAAUACAGAGACAUGAAACUAUAUCAACUUACAGGACAGCAAGUGACAAAUUUGAAUACAGAGACAUGAAACUAUAUCCACUUACAGGACAGCAAGUGAAAGGGUACACUCCUCAAUAAUAAAAAAUAUUAUUUUACACAUACAAUUACCCUAUUUUCUGAUGUAUAAGAUGACUAGGCGUACAAGACGAUUCCCUACUUUUCCGGUUAAAAUAUAAGGUUUGGGCUUUACUUGCCGUAUAAGACUACCUCUCUUCCAACGCACACCAAAUAAAAUUUAAAAACAUCAGAUUUGAUUUCAAUAUGGUAAUUUUAGUUCAAAUACUUAAGAAAUGCAUGUACUUAGCAGGAAAACUGUAACUUAUAAAAAUAAGGCUGUUUGUCAUCAAACAUGUAAACUUAAAAUGGCGCAAGUGGAUUAAACUUUUCCUAAUUCACUCUAAAGCGGAAAGGAAGGAUAAGACAACAAACCCAUGGUACCUGCCAUGCAGUUUGUUUUCUAAGCUGUCAACUAAACUGGAACUGAUGAUGAUAGGAGGAAGAUAACAAACAAUAGUAAAUAGUGGGACAUUGAAUGAUGGUUCAUUGAAUGGUGGGACCUUUAUGAUGGACAUUAAAUGGUGGGACAUUAAAUUGUGGGCACUGUUAGUGGAUGACAUAUUACUGAUGAUGUAUUGAACUAUGAGUUGAUAAUGUUGUAUAACUGGUGAUGUUUUGAACUGAUAGAGUUAAUAAUGUUGUACAAGUGGUGACAUAUUGAACUGAUAGUUGUUUUAUAACUGUUGAUGUAUUGAAUUAUGAGUUGAUAAUGUUAUAUAACGGGUUAUAUAACUGUCCCUCUCUGAACCUAUGUGAAGCUGUGGUCUAUGGUAACUAAGGGCGGCUCAGCUUGAGAGCCCCUGUCCCUGAAGUUUCAGCAAACCAUAUACCAGCUUGUAAGAGGACCCCUAGCGUAUAAGACGACCCCCGACUUUUGAAAAGAUUUUCAUGGGUUAAAAAGUCGUCUUAUACGCCGGAAAAUAUGGUUUACAACGUCUCAUAUAUUUUAGGAAAUAUAGAAACAAUCUCUCUUUCUUUUGCUCUUUCUCUCUAUCUCUGUUAAGAAACCUGGUGGCCUAUAUAUUUAGGGGUUUAAAUCAGAACUAUCUAGUAAAGAAAUUUUAGAAAUUGCAUCCCUUGAGGGCAUUCUUUAGAAAAAAUAGAGUGAAUUCGAGCGCAAAAAACCUUUUCCCAACUGGAUGGGUGGGUAAAGGAUAACACAGCACUAUUACGAGGUGAUGUCAUUAUCAAGGCCAUACUAGGAGAAACAAGUGGUGAUGGCUAAAAAUAGUUCUAUAAUAUAAUAGGCUAUACUAUAACAGGGGUAGUGUUGUGCUUUUACACAUAAAUAUCUCUGAAAUUUUCUUACAACUUAUGAGACGCAUAAAUAUCUCUACACAAUUCUUAAAUCUAACACGCCACAUAACAAUCUCCAGUCAGUACUAAAAUCCUAGACUUUUGAUUUCACUUUAUGUAUUAAUUCACACUGAUCCUGUUAUAAACAUUUUAAUCUCUGAUUAUAUUUAGGACCCCAAUAAAUAUACUUAAUUUUCAAACAAGCAUUUUAGGCUUUACAAUAAACUUUGAAGAAAAUAAUUUCGUCUUGUAUUCAACAGAUCAUACAUAAAGAUUAUUAAUUUUUUUAUGAUCAUUUAUUUUUAUUACAGUAGCAGAAAAUCUUAUGAAACAAAUGAUUUCUUAGUCUAUAUGUAAACGAAUCUGUAUUUUAUGUCUCAAGAAAUUAGGGUGGGAGGAGUUUGAAUUCAGACUUUUUCAAAACAUCAAAUGAGUCCUCUUAUUGCAGUUAAAAGAAAAAGGACAAAAAAAAAAAAAAAUAGAAUAUAUUGAAAUGAAGAUCACUUAAAAGAUGUCCAAAAUAAAUUUAGAAUUUGAAAAAUGAGGAACGAUUAAAAAGCCCAUGUUACACGACAUAAAUGUUGAAUCAUGUGUUUGAUUAACAGCUUUAUAAUUUUUAUUCAGCUGUGCCUCACUUAAAAACCAUCCUGUUCCAUUUUGUAAGAUUGAAGGAAACUUAAAUUUUUACUUUAUUCAUAAUGAAUAAACUGUUUAAACUCCAGUUUCCAAUUAGCUAAACAACCUAGUUGUAGGAAUUAAACGUCGUUAGAUGAGCAGUUUAAAUUGGCACUCAAACUCUUUCUGGUUCAAUUGCCUUCACUUUUUUUUUGUUUUUUGUAUUGAUUUAUUUAAACCUGACGCUGUCAUGAAAUCUCAUUAAAUUGUAUUUUUCAGGGGAGACAUCGCUCUUAUUGGGCUGGCUGUCAUGGGACAAAAUCUGAUUCUGAACAUGAAUGAUCAUGGAUUCACAGUAAGCUGUGCAACCACAUUUUUCAUAAAUUUUUACAAAGGAGCUAUCUAUAUUUCUCAGUUUAGGUUGAGGUAGAUUACUCUAAAUGUUUUAUUCCUCACCCCACCCACCCCCUUUUUAAAAAAAAAGUGUGAAUGAACCAUAAUGUGAGAUUCAUGUAUUUAAAAAAACUUCCCAUCUUUUCAUUUAAUGAUUUAAUGAAAAUUGUCAUCUUUUGUAACAGGUGGUAGCUUUCAACAGAACUGUAUCCAAGGUAACUGAGUUCUUGAACAAUGAAGCCAAAGGCACAAAAAUCAUCGGGGCCACCUCCAUGGAGGACAUGGUCAGUAAGCUCAAGAAACCAAGGCGUGUCAUGCUGUUGGUCAAGGCUGGGUCAGCGGUGGACAAUUUUAUCGACACACUGGUUAGUUCAAACUCCUCGUCUAAAAAUAGAAAAUGUCUUGAACAGUGUGUUAUCCAGUGUGGGGAUGCAAAACAGGGGUUAAAAAAAAAUUCUUUGCAUUGCUAAAACAUUUUUUUCCUGGUUUUAUUAUAAUUCUGAAUAAAUUAUAUAUUACUCUUUGUAUCCCUUAGCAUAAAUUAAACCAUCAGCAAAUUGCAAGAUUACACCAAGUUCCUCCUCCUAACACUGUAUCAAAGCAUAAAUUAAACCAUCAGCAAAUUGCAAGAUUACACCAAGUUCCUCCUCCUAACACUGUAUCAAAGCAUAAAUUAAACCAUCAGCAAAUUGCAAGAUUACACCAAGUUCCUCCUAACACUGUAUCAAUGAACAAGAGAGUGAUUUUUUUUUACCUCCCAAAAACUGCUUUACACAUCAGUUACAUGUGUGUUUUCAUUGAGGUCCCGUUUCAGCCCCGACUGUGGCAUGAUGUUACCAUUGUCUGGUUCACAACAAAGAGAAAGUAGGUUUUAAUUUUUUUAAAGAGGUGUACACAAACACACUCCCGGCGGUAUGGAUGAAUUCCUUGAGUGGAAUGGACUCAUCAGCCAAGAAAUCCAGCCAGUCUUGGGGAGGAGGAAAACCCUUUAACAAAAUUAAUAACCCCAACCACCAAAGUCAGAAGACAGCAGUCAACUAAAAGUCAGUUGUCUACCCUGACACCCAAAGAAGUAAAGACAUGUCAUUUGAGGAGGAAAAUAUGUGCCCAUCACAUCACCACUAGCUUUAAACUAAUUCAAAACCAACUUCAUGUUUGCAGGUGGGCUUAUUAGAGAAAGGAGACAUCAUCAUUGAUGGAGGUAACUCCGAGUACAGAGAUUCAAUCGUAAGUGUUAGCAGGCCCGUCUGCGCCAAAUGUUAUGUUUUUUAUAUUAAACAUUUUUUCAGAAUCCAAAUUAGCUGUUGAAAUUCAUUAAAUUUAAAUGAUUAAAGUAGACAAAAAUCAAUACAGCUAUUUUUGCUUAACAAAAAGGUAGAUGAGUACUGAUCAAUUUUAUUUCUUCAGAGGCGGUGUAAAGCUCUAAAAGAAAAGGGCAUUCACUUUAUUGGGAGUGGUGUGAGUGGUGGGGAGGAAGGCGCUCGUUACGGGCCCUCGCUCAUGCCAGGCGGUUCAGAGGAGGCGUGGCCAGCGGUUAAAAAUAUCUUUCAAUCAAUAUCAGCCAAGGCUGAUAACGAACCAUGUUGUGAUUGGGUAAGAAUAAUAUUUAAUUAUGCAGUUCAUUGCUAGUUUAGGAUCUUUUUUUUUUUUAAAGACUAUAAAAAUGGCAUCGGUGAAUGCAAUAAAUUCUUUAUUUACAUUUAUAAAUGAAAAUCUUGUGGGUCGUUGCCUGUGAUUGUAUGAGAUGUCUGUAUAUUGUGUAGUGUUAGAGGCUUUGAAUUUAUUAUUUGUUCGCUCAGGUCGGCCCUGAAGGUGCCGGUCACUUUGUCAAGAUGGUACACAAUGGCAUCGAGUACGGUGACAUGCAGUUGAUCUGUGAGGCGUACCAUGUCAUGAAAAGUGCCUUGGGGUUGAGUCACCCUCAGAUGGCUGAUGUGAGUAAACUUUACAUAAUUGCUACUUUUAAACUAAUUUAAUUUUAAGUUAGAUAACUUCUUGCAUAAGGUGGCAUCCAUGCAAUCGGUUUUUAUCUGUUUACCAGUUUUACGGAGAAGGAAUAUCUUAUACGGAUCCAGUUAAACAAAGUAAAAAUGCCAGAAACGUUUUUUAUUUUGUCACAUCAUUCAAAUUAUUGUAAUCGAGAACUUCUAAAGUGCAUCAACACAGAUUGAAGGUUUACAAUAGACUGAACUACGUGAUUAGUAUAAGACAAAAUAUAUAACCUAACUUAUAAAAGAGGAUUGGCUGUACACUCUUAGACCAUCCGAGAUGAAAUCUUGCAGUUACUUGAUACGACCAGACAACGAUUUUCAACUCACAGAUUCAGUUGAUUCCUGUGAAAUGGACAGUUAAAGUAUCUUAUAUGGGAUUAUUAAAUAUGAACCAAAACAGUACAGAGCCCUUUUCUGGUAUUGGCUGUACAUUCAUAGUGCAACUUCUCACAGGAAACACACACAGCAACUAUAAGCACAAAAAUUAAACUUGGCCGCUUUACGUUUUAAAUGGUACACCAGACAGGUUUCUAAAACUCAAUUAGCAAAUAUAAGCGCAAAAAUUAAAUUUGGCUGCUUUACAUUUUAAAUGGUACACCAGACCUGUUUACGGUUACGAUUUUGGCAUACAGUGUAUGAUUUUGAUGUGUAUACAUUAUAUAUACUGUAUGUUUUAUUUUUACUAUUAAGAUGGUGUAUUUAACGAUUUUGUGAUGAUAUUGUACGAUUUUGAGGGUAAACAGGUCUGGUACACAGACAGAUUUCUAAAACCCAAAAGCAAAUAUAAGCAAAAAAAUUAAAUUUGGCUGCUUUACAUUUUAAAUGUUACACAGAUGGGCUUCUAUUUAUUUUGUCAAAUAAUGUUUUUUUUUUCAAUCUUUUUCUUAUUGCACUGAAGCUAUGUCUCUUAUUCUUAUCAAAAUCUUUAUUAUGGAAGUGAUAAAAUUGUAUUACUUUAUUUUUUUUUCUCUCAUGUUGUUACUUCUAUUAAUGAUGUUGUUGUCACUAUUACUAUUGCUUUGAGCUGUGUCAACCUUUGGCAGUUAUUAUUUAUACAAUCAGCUGGGUAAGAUAACUCUGUUAAGAAAGCUCAUAUAUACAUUUUUAUUGGUAAUCAUACCAAACUAUGUCUACUCUUGAGUGCAUGAGUAUAUGUUGAGAUAAUGUUUUGUGCAAACUGUAGUCCUACAGUCAUGGAACUUUGACUUUCUUCCCACUCUUUUUUAGGUGUUAGAAGAAUGGAACAAAAGUGAACUUGAGUCUUUCCUUAUUGAAAUCACACGUGAUAUUUUGAGGUACAAUGACACAGAUGGUCAGCCCCUGGUAGAAAAAAUCAGAGAUUCUGCCGGCCAGAAGGGCACUGGGAAGUGGACAGCCAUUUCGUCCUUAGAAUAUGGAGUACCUGUCACGCUCAUUGGUAAAGUAACGUUAGACUUGUUUUAGAAUUUUAUUUAAUCACAUGUGUAGGUGUAGAUAUAUGGGCCAUUUAAAGCAGGGUUCUCAAAUGAGACAGAGAGCCCAUGCAAGGGAAUCAUUGACAUGGUCUUGAUUUAAACAAAAGAUUUAUUAACACUUAAAAUCUCAGAAAUCGAUUUUUGGUUUUCGUCAUGUAAAUCUGAUAUUUUCAGGUGAGGCUGUUUUUGCACGUUGUCUGUCUUCUUUAAAAGACGAGCGAGUCCUAGCAAGUAAAGAAAUUUCUGGUCCCAAGGAAACAAAAUACAAAGGGGAUGUCAAAGCUUUUGUUGAGGACAUUAGAAAAGUUGGUUUAUGUAUAAUUUAUGCAUUACAGAUAUUUUAUUUAUUAUAUGCUAUUGCGUUUAGUUCACUGUUCAUUGGUUAACAAACUUAUGACCCUAGGCAAACCUACCACAUUACAUGUGACACGCACAAACCAAAGCAAACACAGCUCAUAAUUGCAUGACAUAAAUAUUGGGGAAAUUAACAAUAUUUUUUUUUAUUGAAAAGACACACUUAAAAAUAAAUUGAAGUGGUUUGAUUUUUAAUGAUUCUCUCCCCAGGCAUUGUAUGCAUCAAAGAUAGUGUCCUACGCCCAAGGAUUCAUGUUGAUGAGAGAAACUGCAAAGGAGCUUGGUUGGAAGUUGAACUUUGGCUCCAUAGCACUGAUGUGGAGGGGAGGCUGCAUAAUUCGAAGGUGUGUAUAACUUUUGAUAGACAUCCUCAACAGUCGUGGGUCAGUUGUAUUCUUUUAUAAGAUAUUCCUCUGUGUAAGGUAAUCUUUUGACACAUUUAUAAUAUUUGUUGUGCACAAUAUUGUGUUGCAAAUACUGGCAAUGAAACUUAACUCAGGACCAGAUUAAAAUCAAAUUUUUUUUUGAAAAAUGUUGUUUGCCUCAAUUAUAAUUUUUCAGUAUCUUUCAAAAAGUGAAACUACACUUUAAUCUGAUUCAUUAAAACCAUUAGUUACCUUCUUUAACAAAAAAAAUGACAGUACCAAACAGUGAAAAAAUAGCUACUGAUGUUACAAUCAUUUUUCCAGUGUUUUCCUGGGCAACAUAAAACAAGCUUAUGACAAAAAUCCCAACCUCAGUAACCUUCUUUUGGAUGACUUUUUCAAGAAGGAGAUCCAGAAAUGUCAGGUAAGGAUUUCAAAAUUUGGUGGAUUACUGAUUUACCCUUUCUGACAUAAAUGUAAUAAUUGUUUGGAACGGGGUAGCAUAAAUCUAUGUGCCAGUGUUCCACUUCGUAUUGUAGAGGGGAAAAUGAAGAAAUUUUACUCUGAAAUUAAGUGGGAAAAUAUAGAAAUUAACUUAAUUUGUUUAGAUUCUGAGUUAUGAAAAUGUCUGCCCAACUCCUGCAAAUGAAUAGGAAUGCACAUAGUUGGAUAUACAACUAAACUUAACAAAAUACGACUAUAUACAUCCGAAGAUUUAAUUUUUUGUAUUUGAGUCAUCAUGAUGAAUGAUACGCCUAAGUUGUCCUGGAAAGCAAAUUCAAAAAGAACUCUCUAUUGUCUUUUAUUAUUUGUGCAUUUUGAAAUAAAAGAUUCUACUGAGCCUGUGCGGCUCAAUUAAUUUUUAAAAAACAUAAAAAUGGCUCACUUUUUAAUUGACGCACUAUUUUCAUUUCAUAAAAUAACAUUAUCUUUGUGUUGGUAAAAAUGAUUCAAUUCUCUGUGUUGUCAGGAUUCAUGGAGGCGUGUCGUUUCCACUGCUGUUCUCCUGGGUAUCCCUACUCCUGCCUUCAGCACAGCCCUGGCUUUCUUUGAUGGUUACAGAAGUGAAACAUUGCCAGCCAACCUGAUUCAGGUAGAGUUUCUUUAUUCCUUUUUUUUAAAUCAAGAUUUUUUUGGCAAGAAUAUGUCAUUGAAAAUAUUUGGCACAAAAAUAAAAAAUUAAGAAACUAUAGAUGGAGAAUAAUAAGUAAAGGAAUUACUCGUCCAGUUUCAUUUUUAUCGCAUUCUUUCACCUAAAAUUCAUUUUUUUACACUUAAAUUAUGUUAUAAUAGAGACAAUCUAUGAAAAGCUAUUGAAGAGAUCUUUUUUUAAUUUUUGCAUUGAUUUUUGGACUCUCUCUGCUUCUCUUCUCUCUCCAAACCCUACUUUACUGCAUCAUCCUUGUUUUAAAGCUAUGAAAUAAGUGUCAUGUUAAUAGCUCUGGUGUUCAAAAAAUGAAAGGAAAAAAUAAAUGAAUAUUAUUCAUUAACAACAGGCUCAGAGAGACUAUUUUGGAGCUCACACUUAUGAACGAAAUGACGCACCUGGUCAGUACGUACAUACUAACUGGACAGGUCGGGGAGGUAACGUGUCCUCAUCAACAUAUCAAGCGUAGAAUACUUUGACCCUCGAUCAACACUAUUUCUUUGCACCAUUAUUUAAACCAGAUGACCAAAUUAUUGCCUUGUCUGAAACAGCUGGAUCAAAAUAUAUAUUGUAUGCACUGUAAUAAUUUUAUCAGAUCUUUGUAUGUGGUACCGAGUUCUUUUGAAAGGCAUGCGUUAGAAGUUAUAUAUAUUAUUUCACUGUCCGGAUAUGUGUCAAUGAAUAAAUGGAUGGAAUGAAGUACGAAUCAGCCUUAAACUUCAUUAAAGAAGUAAAUUUAAGAAAUUGACCGAAAAAAGACCAUGAAAUUCUAUCAUUUUGUUAAUUUAUUUAAUGUUCAAUGUAUUAUUAUUUAUUUUUUCUCCAGACAAUUUUAUUUUUCGAUCAGAAUAUGAUAUUUUUUCUAUUCAACUCUUAGCUCUAUAGAUUUAAUAUACCAUAAUUAAUUUUUAAAUAAUUUUUAUGAAAUCUUUUUUUGUGUUAUUUUUUGUAAAGAACAAAGUUUGAGUCUCAUUUAUAAAAAAAAAAUUUCUAUUAGCCUUCUAUAAAUCAUAAAUUUAAAAAGUGUGCAGUUUUUCAUUUCAUCUCUAUUCCUGCUCUUAAUCUCAGCCUUGCCAUGACUACUGCACCAAAUAAAUUGAAUUCUUUAAGAGUGUUUGCUGAUCUACAUAGGAGACAGCUGGUUACAAGUUUUGAAACACUCAAAAAAAAAAGUAUGUUAAUUUUUUUUAAUAGAAUCUCAAAGGGAUUAAAAGGAAAGAUAUCUGUGGAGUUAUUAACUCAAAUUAUUAUCUUUAUGCAUUUAUUCACCUUUGCAUUAUCACAGGCAGUAGGCUUUCCAUACAAAUUUCAUUUUUUUUGUUUUUUUAUAGAAAUGUUUACAGCUUUUGUUACCAAGCAUACUGUUUUUGUCCGUUUAAAUUAAUGAAGCAUUCCUGAUUACCCACCCUCGAUUUGAGGCUCCAGUAUUUGAAAAUGAAUACAUUGUUGGGUUAACGUGGUGACAGUAUCAGUAACAUAGUUUUUUUCUCCCUACACAUGAAAGGUCAAUAUGUUUUAAGUUUUAAAUAAAUUGUCUGGAAAAGGUGCACAAAACAUCUUCAAGAGAGGAGAGCGUUGUUGAUUGAAAUACUUCAACAGUAGUCAUUUUGUUAGACUCACCACAGACACUUUGAAAUACUUCAACAGUAGUCAUUUUGUUAGACUCACCACAGACACUUUGAAAUACUUCAACAUUAGUUAUUUUGUUAGACUCACCACAGACACUUUUAAAUACUUCAACAGUAGUCAUUUUGUUAGACUCACCACAGACACUUUGCAGUUAUGGCUAAUACAUAAUAUGGCUUCAUGGUAAGAGUCGUAGAUUGAUUUGAGAUAGAUGUAUAUUAACACACUUUGCAGUUAUGGCUAUUACAUAUGGCUUCAUGGUAAGAGUCGUAGAUUGAUUUGAGAUAGAUGUUUAUUAACACACUUUGCAGAUAUGGCUAUUACAUAUUUCUUCAUGGUAGGAGUCGUAGAUUGAUUUGUGAUAGAUAUAUUGAUUUAAUACAUCAAGUUGAAUUUCAAAAUUUAAAUAAAAUCAUCUUGGUCGAGAGAAAUAACCUGUAUGAAACCUUUAUCAUUAAAUAAAUUUAUUUU